CAGAGCCCGUGCCACGUGACAAGGCCCCGGCCACGUGCAGAGAAUCAAACGGACCUCGGCUCUGCCGUUUAUUUGCUGCAGUUCGUAUUUUGGCAGCUAUAAUAUUAACGUUUACAUUUUGAAUUUGAAGGUUUUGAGAUUAUUUUAGUCAAUUUUAAGACGUGUUCAUGAGGAAUUGUCUUUGUAAAUACCUGUAUAGUUAUUUAAUGUUUGAAAUCUUAAUUGUUUGAGUAUUAUAUUUUCGUGGUAACAUCGUAAUGCAGUACUGUAUAUAAAUGUAAUUUAUGGAUUUUUAAAUCAAAUAUAGGAUUCAAAUGUAGUGUUAUGCUUUAAAUUUGAUCUGUUAGAAUGUUUUGAAAUUCUGAAGUGAUUUUAUAUCAAUUCGUUAAAGUUAAUCCGAUUUUUUUUUUUCAGCUAACUUUUAAGUUACGAGGCCACUCUGAAAUUAUUUGGAAGUUAAUUUCCAAAUUCAAAACAUUCCCAAUGUGUCCACUGUCAAAUGUGGCCAAAGCCAGAGCAAUUACAAUUCUCGCAAUUGUAUGCAUCGUUAACACGGGUUUUGCUCAAGAAUACGUCACAACUAUAACUUUCCAAAAGCCAUUCGUCGUGCCUGCGAUUGUCUCAGUGAACAUCACAUCCGUGACAACUGAACACAGCAUGGCGUUUGUAAACUAUAGACUAGAAGUAAACUUUUUAAAAGUUACGCUUUGGUUGAAUCCACCAAAUAUGGAGGGACGCUUUGAAAUGUACAAUGCAUUUAGAAUGACAAAUUUACCUAUUAAGGUGGCAGUGUCAACUAAAGAGACAUACAUCAUUACCUGGUAUAUAUUUGAAAACGACAUCUAUCUACAUUGCGAUGAUGUGUCUUUGCUCUUUAGCAUUGUUAACGGUGAUGUAAUAUUAGAAGAUAUCAAUGCCUUGGACAUAACUGGUUUCACAUUUACCAUAGAAACUCGUUUUAAUUAUGGCUUUGAUAUAUUGCUCACCACCCUACCACCUAAGAAAAGUCUCCUGAAAUAUGAGAAAGCCAUUUCAAAAAGCCUUAAGGAUUUCUCAAUUAAUUUUUGGAUUAAUUAUUCUGAGAAGACAUCCGCCAUGUGCAUUCUAUGCUACUACACAAUACAAGGAGAUGCACUACUAUCCGUUGUACUCCUCGCACGGGGAAUUGAGUUCAGUGUUAUGGGGAAAGUGUUCUACUCCAACAACUGGCUCGAUUUACCAUUAACCACCUGGCAUUCGGUGAUGCUGACUGUGAGUAGCACAACGAGUUUGUGUGAAAUAUACAUCAAUGGAUGGUUCGUGGACUCUGUAAGCACCAAUGUCCAUGGCCCAGUCACCAUCCCGCCGGAGGGAACUGUUAUUAUUUGGCAGCUGCCAGAUAACUUUAACGGACCAUUUGAUAAUGAAAUUAAGAAUGUCGGUCUCCUCAGAAACGUAAACAUUUGGAAUUACAUCCUUCCGUAUUCAUACAUAGCAAAUUUGUGCCAUGGAAAGGUGAGAUCGCGAGUUUUGGGAAACGUCUUUCAGUGGACAGAUAAGCACAGCAAGACUACAGACGUAGUGCUACUCGAUAACAAUCGAGAUUCCUAUGAAUACAUUACUGUUCUAUCAACCAGCAAAAACUUAUACUUGUGUGCGAAUGAUAAUGUUUUACUUUGGAAAAAAUCACGGUGUGACGUAAACGCCACAGAGUGGGAAUUCACAAAUUCUUUUAGAAUGCGGAAUAUACAAAAAAACAAGUGCCUAAUGGCCUACAGGUGGCAGGCUCCUACAGAAGAUGCCUGUAGGAACUACGGUGUCUGCCCUCAAUACGGUGAUCAAUUAAGGCUGGAAGCAGCCUUUACGGGAUUGCAACUCGACGAAGACUGUUUUCCAAUGAGCUAUGGAUCCUUUGUUCUGAGUCCCAAGGGAAAGCUUCUAACGGUGGACGGUGGAAAUUGUGUCGGUUACAAAGGUCCUUCGAAAGAAGCUAAGUUAAUAAAUUGUGCAGAAGCAGAAAUCUUUAAAGAGAUUGAAGACACGAGCAGAAACCCCGGGAUGGCAGGAUGGAAGUUCUGGAAUGAAACUUGGUACCUCCUGCAGCAUUCCCACCCCAUGUCAUGGAGCGAAGCGCACAAAGCUUGCCAGGCAUUCCGAAACGCGUCUCUGCUGACCGUACACAGCGUUGACGAGAAGCUAUGGUUGGACCUCGUUGCCAAUGGAGAGUACUGGAUCGGCCUCACGGACACAAAGAAAGAGUCAGUGUUUGUGUGGCACGACGGAGCCGCCCUGAACCCCGCAGUGCGUAGCGUCUUGAAUGAUGACGGAUCAAAGGGAGGACUGCUUGACUGUGUUUACCUUUCCUCGAGAAGCGACUUCUGGAAGGACGACGAGUGUGCAAAGAGCAAGGGUUACAUUUGUAAAACCACUCGAUCAACGUCGCUGUUCGAGAUGAAGAAAUUGAAAGGAUUAAGUGCAAACGAGGCGGCCAAGUGCUCUGCUGCCGACUCCUUGUUAAACGCCAUGGAAACUUGCCUCCGACUUGCACAUUGCACUGGCGUCGUGGCACUGCCCAGAAAAUACUGCUUGACAGACACGAGCAGCGUCAUUGGAGCCAACUCUAAAUCGACGCUGUACGUCAAAGCGCAUUGCAAAAUGGGCUUAAGUGGAUUUUUGUGUGACUCCGGACAGCCGCCUGUAGAGAGACCCAUCAUCGUGUGCGAGUGUUUGCCUUACUUCAUAUCGCCUGGGCUGAAGAUUUGUGGCAGGACUGCUAAAGAAUGCACGCGUGGAUGUACAUUAGCCACUUGCGGCAACUGUAGACCUGUCUGCAAUGAUGCUGGCAUGAAGAGCACACCUCUGAUGCGGCUCAUUUGGCACAGAAUUGUGACCAGCAAAUUCCAUGUCUCCAAAAACGGAUCACACCGCAACGAAAACUCCAGCAUCUUUGUGGACGUCCGUGCACCUUGACCUUCUGACAAUGUUCUUAGGUUUUUUUCGGUAAAGUCACGUAGGUAAAAAAUU